AUGCCGGUGUUUGGGUGUGAGCCAGAGAGCGCCCCCUGUGGCUGGAUGCGGUGGUGCGCACGGGGCCUGGGGCAGAGAGCGGCCCCUGACUCACACUUAAACCUUUUACCGAGCGCUGCUGGCCCCGACUCUGCCAAAAAGCUACACCCUGCCGCCUCCACCGGGCUCCUCCGGGCUCCUCCGGGCUCCUCCGGGCUCUUCCGGGCUCCUGUGGGUCCUCUGGGCCCGGAUUACUCCUCCGGGCUCCUCUCGAAGCCCGUGGAGAAACAGAUGAGCGGCUGUCAUCGCGCUUAUGAAUGUGCGCACACACUUUCCCCGCGACACCCAGCGCGACAGCACCCAUCCGUCUGCCGCGGCCAUCCAUCUCGGCGCGCGCAGCCCACCCGAGCGCCGCUUCCUCACCGCUAUCUGGCAAAUGCGGCUGAGAGAUGA